AUGGGGCAUCAAUUACCGUCUCUGUUAGCAGAUUCAGACAUAACAUUACGCAUCGAACAAAAACAACAUUCAGUUAAUAAACUAGUUACAAGCAUUCCAAACUCACAAUGGAUACCGGCAUACCAUACAUUAAUUGAACGAAAUAUAUCGAGGACAAUUCAGUCAGAUUUGAAACCAUUCAUACGACCAAUUAUUCGUUUUGAACCGUCAGAGAUGAUGGUUAAUGAUUUUAAAAUUGGUUCUACUAUUGGAUCUGGACAAUUUGGUAAAGUAUUUAAAGCAUUAGAUAAGUCGGAUCCUAAAAGAAAACAUAUAGUCGCAUUGAAAAGAAUUAAUAAAUUGAAACCUAAAUAUUCUAUGAAUCAAUUGAUGAGACAAAUUGCUUAUUGGAAACAAUUUAAUAUUGAAACUGAUGAUUUAGAUGUCGAUUUAAUUACAAGAACUAUGAAUGUAGAUCGUUGUAGAUGGGAAAUAUAUUUAAUGAAGAGGAUGACCUAUGAUAAUAAAGGUAAUUCUCAUAUUGUAAAAUUUAUUCAAUGUUUGGAUUCCUUAAAUAGUAAAGAUAUUUGGAUUGUUACAGAAUGGUGCAACUUGGGGGAAUUACAAUGGAAACGUCCCAAUACUGAGUCCACGUUGAAUCAGUGGCAACAAAUAUUGAACGAUAAAAAUAUAUCUGUAAUGGAAUUUGCUAUUAAAGCCCUAGAUGAUUUAAGUAAAGGGUUGCAAUUUUUAAAUGAAGCAGGAUGUAUACAUCGAGAUAUUAAACCUUCUAAUAUCUUGGUUGAUGGAAAUCAAAAAAAAUUAAAAAUAUCAGAUUUUGGUUGUGGUUUAUUAAUACCUGAAAGUUUACCAUUUAAAUAUGAUCCUUCUAAUGAAAUUAAAUUAAAACAAUUAGAUAUUAUUAAUAAAUGUUUUGAAAAGGAAUUGAAUAAAAUUAUUGGAACCCCUGCUUUUGUUCCACCUGAACUUUGUAAAUUUACCUCCGAUGGAUCUACUGAAGAUGAAUGUAGUAAGCAUAAAAGCCUAGUCAAGGAUGGAUUCAAACUUGAUGUUUGGUCCCUAGGGGUCACUUUACAUUGUAUCAUCUUUAACAAACUACCAUUUAGUGGAGAAAAUGAAUUUGACACAUAUCAUCUAAUAAACUCACAAACCCUUACAUUAGAUAAAAAGGAUGAUACUUGGCUCUCUAAACUGGUGGUAACUAAGAUGUUAGAGAAGAAUCCCGAUAUUAGGGUUAGCAUUAAAGAUAUUAGAAAUUUGAUUCAUAAAAAUAAAUUGAAAAAAUCUCCAUCUAUGAAUAAAAUUGGUGGUAAUGCAAAGAAAUCAUUAAAAAAAUUCUGGAAGAAAAUAUCAAGUUCUAAGUCAACGGAAAAGUUGUCAUUAAAAGAAACUAAACCAAUAGAUGAUCCAAAUUUGACUGCAAUUUCAUCGAAUACAUCGUUCUCUUCCGGAUUAGAUGUAUCGGAUGAACCUAUAAAUAUAACAGAUUUUAUUGAUUCCUUGACAACAAAUUUACCAGUAUCAUCGGAUGAAGGUGGUGAUGUUAGUAAUAGAGCUUUAACAUCACAAGAAAAUGGUACAAAAACCCGUCGAUCUUCUUCUUCUUCUUCUUCUUCUUCUUCACAAUCAACACCAUCAUUGGGAGUACCCACCCCAAUCAAAAACAUGAUUAAAAUAAAAGCUUCGCCAGAAAAAUCUAACAAUGAUAAUAGGCAAGAUGCUACCGAAACAGACCUUCUUACAGAUAAAAAUUUGCCAAAUCAUCCAACAAUUAAGAUGAAGCCAUCUAAAAACAUUAUUAAUUUUAAGAAUUAUAUUCAAGAUGAUAAAGACGUCGAGAGUAGUGACACGAUUGAUCAGAUAAAAGAUUAUUUGAAUUAUAAAGGCGAUUUCACUUAA